GAUGAGAUUGUCUGUGGUGUAUGCUCUCGGCCUGAGUCACAGGCGCCCAACGAGAUUAUUCUAUGCGACAACUGCGACUUUGCAGUUCAUCAAAUGUGCUAUGGUGUGCGGGAUAUUCCUGACGGCGAUUGGCUAUGCAAUUCGUGUGCACAAGAAGACGCGCUGGGCAUAGCCAAGAAACCCACUGAGGAAGAGGCCCCUGACGCAGCUGCCGAUACAACUGUUACGCCUACUCCUGCCAUCGAAGUACCGGAUAUUCCUAAUCUAGACCAUCAUCUGCGUGCCCUGCAGAGGGUCCUCCUGGAUCGAUGCAACGGCCGCAGGACGAUUCGAAUGUUUGGCCAGCAGGAUCAGUAUGAGAAGGCGCAUCAGCUUGUCGAGCAAACUGUUGUGGCGGGCGAGGGAAACUCUAUGCUCCUUAUUGGGCCCAGAGGGUGUGGCAAAACAACGAUGAUCAAUAACAUUAUCAACGACCUGUCACGAGAGCAUCGACAAGAUUUUCAUGUUGUUAGGCUGAACGGGUUCAUUCACACAGAUGAUAAAUUAGCACUGAAGGAAAUCUGGCGGCAGCUUGGAAAGGAAAUGCAGGUCGAUGACGACUUGCUGAGUCGGUCAAAUUAUGCAGAUACCAUGGCAUCGUUAUUAGCACUGCUGUCGCAUCCUUCUGAGAUUCUUGGACAAGACGAAGGGUUCACCUCGCAGUCUGUCAUUUUCAUCAUUGACGAAUUCGACCUAUUUGCGACGCAUCCUCGACAGACGCUUUUGUAUAAUUUGUUUGACAUUGCACAGUCUCGAAAGGCGCCUAUUGCAGUUCUGGGCUGCACGGCCCGCCUUGACGUGGUAGAGAUGCUAGAGAAGAGAGUUAAGAGCCGAUUCAGCCAUCGAUAUAUUUACUUGUCGCUUCCCAAGAACCUAGCGGCUUUCUGGCAAGUUUGCCGACAGGGGCUGAUGCUCGGAGAUGCUGAGCCGGAGGAAGAGGGCCUGGACCGGAGUAUUGAUGGGUUUCCCGAGUUCCAGGCGUAUUGGGAUCACAAGAUUGAGCAGCGGGCAUUUCAGGACCUGCUGCAGUAUCACUACUACACGACUAAGUCACCGUCGGCAUUCUAUAAUGAGUGGAUAUUGCCGCUUUCAUGGGUCACAGCGGGCAACCCAAAUCUUGAGAUACCGGCCGUCGGGUCAAAUUUGACGUCUCUAACAGCACCGGAUUCCCGACUGCAUUUGCUAUCAACGCUGUCAGAUCUCGACCUCGGGCUAUUGAUUGCGGCGGCACGGCUUGAUAUUGUCGCCGACACGGACACAGUCAACUUUGCCAUGGCGUACGAUGAGUAUAGCGCUCUUGCGGGACGACAACGCGUUCAAUCGGCUACGGCGGGCAUGCUUGCUCAAGGCGGCAAUGCGAGAGUCUGGAGUCGCGGCGUGGCGGCUGUGGCGUGGGAGAGGCUUGUUACCCUCGGUCUGUUGGUUCCGGCUGGCGUGGGCGCUGGCAGCAGGAGUCAAGGGCAUGGAGGGCUGGAAGCAAAGAUGUGGAGGGUGGACGUGGCUCUGGAGGAAAUCCCAGCUGCCACGAAGCUGAGCACGGUUUUAGCGAAAUGGUGUAAGGAGAUAUGA